GACGCGCGAGAGCAAGCGAGCGGGCGAGUCGGCCUCGCCGGCGGAAGGGGGGCCGCGAGAAGGGUGGCGAUUGGCUGAAACGGACGAGGAGAGGCUCGCGGCGCUGUCGCGAGGCGAUCCCGCGCCGUUCCGCGUCGCGCCGCUUCGGCACUUCGUUUCCGACCCGCGCGGCGUUCGUACGGCAACUACGACACCUCGAGCGCUUUUGCUGCCGCUGCUACGUGUGCUUGUCCGUGCGCAGGACCCUAAGGUGCGUCUACUACUACUACUACCACCACCACCACUACCGGUCGUCCCCCGAUCGCAUCCCGUAACCGCUUCUCUCCGUGGUCGCUCGUGCCUCAGUAAAAAGAGCAACAAUAUGGUGGACGCGGCUGUUUUGGACAAACUGGAGUCCGGCUAUGCCAAGUUGGCGGCCUCCGACAGCAAGUCGCUGCUGAAGAAACACCUGUCGAAGGAGGUGUUCGAUCAGCUGAAGACGCGCAAGACGUCGUUUGGCUCCACGCUACUCGACGUCAUCCAGUCCGGCCUGGAGAACCAUGAUUCCGGCGUGGGCAUCUACGCGCCCGAUGCCGAGGCUUACACCGUGUUCGCCGAGAUCUUCGAUCCGAUCAUCGACGACUACCACGGCGGCUUCAAGAAGACCGACAAGCAUCCGCCCAAGGACUUCGGUGACGUCGACUCCUUCGGCAAUCUCGAUCCUACUGGUGAAUACAUCGUGUCGACUCGUGUGAGGUGCGGCCGUUCUCUGGACGGAUAUCCGUUCAACCCGUGCUUGACCGAGGCGCAAUACAAGGAGAUGGAGGAGAAGGUGUCCAGCACGCUGUCCGGCCUGACCGGCGAGCUGAAGGGCACCUUCUACCCGCUCACCGGCAUGAGCAAGGAGGUGCAGCAGAAGUUGAUCGACGAUCACUUCCUCUUCAAGGAGGGCGAUCGUUUCCUGCAGACCGCCAACGCCUGCCGCUUCUGGCCGACCGGACGCGGUAUUUUCCAUAAUGACGAUAAGACCUUCUUGGUAUGGUGCAACGAGGAGGAUCAUCUCCGUAUCAUCUCCAUGCAGAUGGGCGGUGACCUCGGUCAGGUAUACCGUCGCCUGGUGACCGCCGUGAACGAGAUCGAGAAGCGGCUGCCGUUCUCGCACAACGACCGCUACGGCUUCCUCACGUUCUGCCCGACGAACUUGGGCACGACGGUGCGCGCGUCCGUGCACAUCAAGGUGCCGAAGCUCGCCGCCAACAAGGCCAAGCUCGAGGAGGUCGCUGCCAAAUACAAUCUCCAGGUGCGCGGCACCCGCGGCGAGCACACCGAGGCCGAGGGCGGCAUCUACGACAUCUCCAACAAGCGGCGCCUCGGUCUCACCGAGUACCAGGCUGUGAAAGAGAUGAACGACGGCAUUGCCGAACUCAUCAAGCUCGAGGCCAGCCUCUAAACUUUACCCACCGUGUCGCCCCGUCACCCUCCCCCUCCCCACCAAGCUCCCCGCCUCCCUUGAAAACGUCCUCUGCUCCUUCGCUCCCCCGACACGUGUAUUAUUAUUACUACUAUUCGUUUCCUAAAAACAAAA